AUGGCGUGGCAAUGUUCAGGGAGGUCCAACUUCCAGCUGAUCGAGAACCUUUUUACUUGUGAGCUCAUUAAGAGCGAGAGGGUCAAGAAUGCGAUGUUGAAGGUUGAUCGUGCUAAUUAUGCACCUUGCAACCCCUAUACCGAUGCUCCUCAGUCGAUCGGAUUCGCAGCCACCAUUUCUGCCCCACAUAUGCAUGGUCACGCUUGUGAAUAUCUGCUCCCAUUCAUCCACCCAGGUGCUCGGGUUCUUGACAUUGGCUGCGGCUCGGGAUACCUUAGCCAUGUUUUCGCCGAGUUGAUUACCGAUGCUCCCGCAGCAGACGGCUGUGUCGUUGGUAUUGACCAUAUCCAGGGCCUAGUUGAUAUGUCACUUAGGAACUUGGCCAAGUCAGAAAGUGGCCGCCAGUUGCUAGAAUCCGGAAAGAUCAAGAUCGUCAAAGGUGAUGGGCGCAAGGGCUGGGCAGAAGGCGCACCAUAUGACGCUAUUCAUGUUGGUGCUGCUGCAGCGUCGAUGCAUGCUGAAUUGAUAGAUCAGCUUCGUGCUCCAGGCCGAAUGUUCAUUCCGGUCGAAUCCGAUACUGAUACCCAUGCGAUAGGUACUAAGGCACAGCAUGUGUGGAUUGUGGACAAGAAAGAAGACGGUUCUGUUAACAAAAAACAAGUGUUUGGCGUCAGUUAUGUCCCUCUAACUGAUGCACCUAAAGAAUAG